AAACAUGAAUAUUCAUGCAGCGAAGGUGCCGCGAAAAUAGAUGUUGAAAACGCGAAAAUAACUCUGCCAAACAAGUUUGAUCUAAAUCAGCAGAGAUAACUAUAUUAAAAGAUGAAUCGAAGGCCACGUGCAGGAGAGACGGAGGAAGAUCUUCUUCGACUUCAGGCCCAGUUUGUGAAAGAGAAACCCAAGCCAUCGGUGACCAUCAAGAAAGCAGAUAAGCGCAAGGCAUCCAGCUCUGGGUCAAACACUGGAAGCACUGGUUCCUCUACGUCUGGCCCUUCUGUUGGAGCAACUGUCACUAAAGAUGUUGUCACAUUACCAGGGUUACCAACAAACCUUCUUGAAGCAGAACAAGCUUUGGCUUCACAUCCACAGAAGAGGUCAAAGUUCAAAGCAAGACAAGAUCCCAAUUCAUCGAGAGCUGCACCCCAAAGUCAUCUACCUGGACAAAGAGUGACCUUUAACCUUGAUGAUGAUGAUGAGGAUCCAGAAGCUGCUAUGGAUAGGCAGGAUACUCACAUAACAGCAGUAUUGUCCAAGAUACGGGAACAAGAUAUCAGACAGAAACCAGCCUUCCUCCCACAGCCAACAAAUAAAGCAUUCCCAACUGCUCUUCAUCGAUCACAAGCACCAAAGCAGGCAAGUGGAUUAAAGACAGGGAAGAAGCGCAGUCUCUUUGCUCAACAAUUUGACUCUACACCUGCUGUUGACUUUGGUGUCACAUUGGGACCUCCUCCGAAGGUUGUGACUGAUGAACAACAUUGUGAUGCAGAUGUUGCCAUGGAAACAAAUGAUUCAUCGUUGCCAUCACAAUCAAACGUAAAACCGAUAUCUGGAACAGUACCAUCAUCAUCAUCUUCAUCAGUGUCAUAUAGUGGUAUAUUGAAAGAUAGUGGUCAGAUGAAUGAGGGCGUUCCUAAUGAAGCUGCCAUGCAAACCACACAGGACAUUCAGACUGAAAACCAAUCCAAGAUGGCUGCCAUGUCAGAGGAAGAGAUUCUCCUGGAGCAAGCUAAACUAAAAGCAAUGUUAGAUCCUAGUUUAGUAGCCUUCCUUCAAGCAAGAAAAAAAGGCACUGUUCAAAAUAAAAAUGGCAGUAAUCAAGAAUCUCCACCAAUGAGCGAACCUGUCUCUGUCAUAUCUCCGUCAACACAGCGUGUGCCUGACAAUGAAGCUGGUGAACAGAUGGAUACAGGAAUGAAAGAAGGUGACGUAGCAGAUUCUUUAGAAGACAAAGAUAUUUCAGAUAGAAAAGCUGAUGAAAUCACUUCUACUACAGAAGAUAAAAAUGGAAAAGUACCAGUAGAUGUGAAGAGUGAAUGGCUGAAUAUGAAGAAGAGAGAAGAUGAUAAACUGCAAUGGAUGGAUGAUUUGCCCAAGCCAUCUGCCAAGUCUCAGACCGGGUCUCAGGCUAGAUUUGAUUUCAAUGGUCAGCUGGUGGCUCGAGAUGCUCUUGUAUCGGUCAGGGAAGGACUCUUUCAUCAUGGAGCAGAACAAGAGGUACCUGGAUAUACACUAGAGGAGUUAUUUACACUGUCUCGGAGUGCAGUCAUACAGCAGAGAGUACUAGCACUACAAACACUUGCAAGACUCAUCUACAAUUACAGAGCAGACUGUCUUGGUGGUCAGUUAAGAAGUCCUCUGAUCUCCAGACUCCUGAAAGCUGGUGUUCUAUUCCUCUUGAGAUGGUCCUUAGAUGAUACUAAUGAAGGAGUUCACUCUGCAGGGGUUGAGGCUCUAGCAGCUCUUCUUGUCCAACCUGGUGAUGAGGAGGCCCUAGAUAAAACCUUCACAUGGCACCUAGGAUGCAGUGUACCUCCCAUGCUACCAAGGAAAGAUGCUCAAGGUGAUGAAGAUGAGGAUGAAGAUGAUGAUCUCGAUGAUGAUGAUGAGGAGGAGGAGGAGGAGGAAGAACAAAAACAGACCAAGCCAGAUGAACAUAUUGCAAGUCAAGAUGUCAUCAAGGGUCUUUUGAAGAUGUCUGUGUUACCCCGUCUGCGUUACAUCCUAGAGGUGGUCAGGCCAACACCACCGGUCAUCUUAAACAUUCUAGCUUUCCUCAUCAGAAUGGCAAGACACUCCGCUGAAGCAGCCCUGGAAGUCAUGAAGUGCCCUCGUCUGAUGGACACCAUUAUCAGAGAAUUCUUGCCAACGAGUUCAUGGCAGAAACAAGAUGAUCCAGUUUCAGAUUUAUAUGGGCACCCUACUACUCUUGCCAUGAAACUAGUGAGAGUGUUGUGUCUCAGUGGUAGACACAUCGCUGCAACGCUGCUAUCCAAGUAUCCAUUGUUGACAAUCAUCAUCCGAUACUUCUCCAUGGAGCCUACUGAUAUGAAUCUCAACGUAGGAGAAGCGUUUCAUCUCAGUAUCGAGAGCUUGAAAACAUGGUCAGCUUGCGUUAGAUACGGGCUCGGCUGUGAUGCUUACAGAGAGUUGUAUCCUCUACUGAUGCAACAGCUCCAGAUCUUCCAAAGGCUGUCAGUCCUCCCUCUGCCAUCCACUGUCGAGAAGACUACCUGUUUGGUACAUAGGCUACAGCUGAUCAGAGCAACUGCAUUGAUCUCUCUGCUGGAGGGAGUAGUGCAGGUUGCAGGAACAGCAGCAGAGCUUCAGGGAAAGUUUGCAAUGAGAAAUGAUGCUACAAACAAAGAGGCCCCUAGAGAAGCGAUCAGCCCACCUCCCAUUGAUUGGAGUCAUGUGACUGGUUUGGCCACACCCCUAGAGACGUGUACUCAUCGCUGGUUGGUUGAGAUGACUGGAUGUACUGAGGUGCUAUCACCCGAAGCAAGCUCAUUGGCUGGCAGUGCUAUGGACUUCUUAGCUACCUUCUAUUCAAACUACACACUUCAGGCAUCUUAUAAUCCAGUGAACUCAUUGAAUCAGGUUGAAACCUUUGUUGAUGGUGUGCUGCUUCCGUACAUGAAGUCAUCCUCUUUCUACUCCGCAGUUCAUAAUCUACAAGUGCACUCAUCACUGACAUACCGACCUACAAACCACAAGAGAUACUCAACGCGUGCACUCCCAAGCUUCUCCUGCCAUAGCGACGAUUCCAGCGAUGAAACGCUCCCUUGUGUCCGUAAGACAUCAACGUUGGGCUAUGGUGCUGCCCUCUUUAGGCUGACGUACCAGAUGAUCAAGAUACACAAAGGCGUUGCACCCAGAUUUGAACCCAUCGUACUGAGUUGCUAUGUCCUGCCGUACUUGGAGAACUUCUGUGCAGAUGGUGCGUGUGGUAGCGUGGGCCUUGCUGAACAUUUUGCAGUACAUGAGCAUACGGCUGUGUACUUCCUCAUCAAGAUAUUCCAGUGUGUGGUCCAGCAAGUAGAUUCCUGUAAGCAUCACAGUCAGUUGUACCACAGUGCUGCUAUGAAGCUACUAGCUAGACUUCAGCCCGGUUAUGAACACUAUGCACAUGAUCUCUUAUCAAUGAUUCUCUUCAGUACAGAGUUCCUUGCAGAGGGAAAUGUAGGAGAUCCCAUGGCUUCUGAUCUGGCUGAAUUCCUGACAUUCUCGGACAAGGAGCCGACCCGCAAGGAGCGUGAUAUGAGUAAAGGAGAGCUCCUGCAGGAGGCCUAUCAGAGAUUAGCUAGUAUUAGAAACCUCUACAUGGUCUACUUUGGCAAGGAGCAGCCAUCCUUGGCUAGAUCAAGGGCUAGGUGUACAGGUAGACACCAUGAAGUGACCAGUCUCAAUCUACCUCCAUUCCUGGGACCUGUCCUUCCAAUCGACUGGCCUUUCUUACCUCUGGUUCAGAUCUUCUCAGAAGCCCAGAAAGCUGAGAUGAAAGGGAAGACUGUGAAGUCCCUCCCUCCUCACAUCAUGGGCGCCAUCACAGACACACUAGGGUGGGUCUUCAUACUGGAGACAUGGCGACCUUUGACCUUGAGGUCUAUUCCACUAGCAGCCAAGAUAGCGAGGCUCUACUGCAUCUUUCUCACUGCCAGUGACUUGUUCAUGGAGCCAUCAAUCCACCAUUACUUGGCUGCUCUACUCAAGAUCUACACAAGCCAAGAUUACAUGAAGGACAUGGACUUUGACCAAGAGAUUCCAGGACUUGGAUCUUUCAAUGAUCUGUUCAAUGCUGUACUGGCUCAGUAUGAAGCUGUAUCCUUUGGAGAUCUUCUGUUUUCUCACUAUGUGCUGCUACCGCUUCAGCAGAGGUUCAGUAUUCACUUCCGUAAGACACUCUGGUUUGAUCACAUUGAUCUUCUACGCACCUUGCCCAGCCACCCAUCUAAGUGUCCCAUUCCAACACACAACUUCCUGGACCCUCCUGAGCGAGAUCCAUCUCUGAUCAGCAUGUACUUCCAGAACUUGGUCCAGGGAAAGGUGCGGCCCACCUGGUGUCCCAUGAUGCACCUGGUUGCAGUCCACCAUGUUGCCAAUUUCAUGUUUAGCAGCGGACAGGGAAAGGCUGAAACAGUACGAGAAACAACGGCAAAACUAAAGCUGAUCAAAAGCACAAUGGGCCUUCAUAAUGAAGAUCUGAAACAGUUAUUACUGCUCUACAGAGGUCCAGAUACCACCAACCCAAACGGUUAUACCACCUACGAGUCCUUGCCGGAGGACAGGUCGGUAGUCCUACAAGCAGCAGAGAGAGCUAUACAAGAACAGAGAAGCAAGAAGAUGGACACAGUCAAAGAAGGACAGUCAUGACGGAGUGGUAAGAAGUAGGGAUAAGCAUGUUUGUGUAUUUUGUGUUGCAUGCAUCCCCCUCGCGUUUCACUUUUAAAUACAUCAGGGUCCAUAUUCGUAAAUUUGUCAAGUUAUUACAUAGGCUAUAAUACAGUCAAACCUGCUUCAGUGACCACCUGUAUAGAAAGACCACCUGUCUACAAAGACCAUAUUUUUGGUUUCCCUUGAUAAUGGU